AUGCCUCGUUCGAGUAGUGCACGUGGUGAUGUUGAGCGCGUUAUACGGAGAUUCGAGUAUAUAAAGAAAGAAUUCGCGCAAUUUCAAAAGGCGGUGAGCGAGAUAGAUCAUACCAGCCCGCGCGAUAUAAUGAAAUUAAAGCUUAGAAUUUCCAAAGUUGAUAAGAAUGUGGCAAUAUUAGAGGAGUUGAUAGAAAAGACUUCUGGUGAAACGAUGGGAAAGCUGGUUGACGAAAUUCACAAUCAUGUCGAGUCAAUCAUCGAUGCCAAGGCGGAGACGAAAUUGAUCAUUAAUAGAGCUGAAUCGGUAGCCACCUUAGACACAAAUGUGCCUACUACGAAUCUACUGUCUCCAGUUAACACUACGGUUAGCAAUCCUGAAUUUCCCUCGUCUUUAAUUGCCGCGUCCGAUGCGCUGAGCGCAAAUUAUAGGGCUUUAGUAGCGACUAAAAAAGUGUUUGUCGAUCARUUUGCUAUUGCCGCACAUCUUUCGCGAGUGGAUCCAGCAACACGGCUUCAAUGGGAACAACGGUGUUCCCGAGAUGCUUUACCGACGGUAGACGAAUUUGUGAUAUUUCUGUUAGGACUCGAGAGAAAUUUCCGCUCAAGGAAUUUAAUGCGUAACGAGCCGCGGUUAAAUUCUCCGCGAAAUUGGACGCGAAUUUCCGACCAAGGACAAGUUCAAGCGUAUUCCACAAGCGCUACUGUCUCGUGUGGCAUAUGUCGCGAGAGGCAUAACACAUCGGAGUGUGAGCAGCUACUGAGAGCCGAGCCCAAGGAGCGCAGAAGAAUCGUGGUUAACGCCCAUUUGUGUUGUAAUUGUUUAGAAGAUGGUCACCACGUAUACACAUGUAUUAAGAAUGACUGCUGCAGAAAGUGCAAGGGCAGGCAUCAUGAGUUGUUACAUGUGAGAGAGGCCGUUGCAGAAGGGGCAACGGUGGGCAUCACGAAUGGUUGCGUUCGGACUGCGUCGGCGGUGCAGAAUGCACAUGUAGWGCUCCAUCACUCGCAGGCACCCGUGCUGUUACUAACUGCAGUGGUGCCUUUGCUGGAUCGCGACGGCAGGCCGCACGAGUGUCGUGUGCUCCUGGAUUCGGGUUCCAAAGCACAUUUUUUAACGAUCCGGUUCGCGAAUCUUCUGCGAAUAGCCAAACGGGACGUGAAUGUACCCAUUUCUGGCRUAAACCAAACGGAAACUAGAGUCAAACAGGCAAUCUUAGCAACGUUGAAAUCGCGAACAGAAAAUUACGCGUUAGAAUUACAAUUCUUAUUACUACCCACUGUAACGAAUAGGUUGCCUACGCAACGAAUUCCGCAAGAAGAAUUGACUAUACCGGCAGGGAUCCAAUUGGCAGAUCCCAAGUUUUAUGAGCCCGCGAAUAUCGACGCGAUUCUCAGUGUAAGGGUUUUUGCUUCACUAUAG